UGUCUCUCUCUCUCUCUCUCUCUAUCAUCCCAAGUGUGUAACCUUCGACUCACACCCCCCCUCCCCCCACAUGGCCGCGUGCGGUUCCGACACCGCCCGAACCCUCGCGUGCCGAGACGGCCACGCGGCGGCGCAGCUGAAGCUCAUCUCCAUUGCCGUCAUCUUCAUCACCAGCGUCGUCGGCAUCACCUCCCCCGUCCUCCUCGCACGUCACUUCCAAGGCAAGCCCGCCUACGACCGCGCAACUCUCUUAAUCAAGUGCUUCGCCGCCGGCGUCAUCCUUUCCACUUCCCUCGUCCACGUCCUCCCCGACGCUUUCGCCGCCCUCUCCGACUGCCAAGUCGCCUCCCGCCACCCCUGGAAGGACUACCCCUUCUCCGGCCUCGUUACCAUGAUCGGCGCCAUCGCUGCACUCCUCGUCGACCUCACUGCCAGUGCCCACAUGGAGAGCCACACUGCUCACUCCCACGGCCAGUACGAGGUCCUCCCGGUGGCCACCACGGAGGAGCUGCAGACCAAGAAGGCGUCGGCGAUCGAGUUGAAAGUUGAAGGUGCAGUUAGUAGUGGCCAUAACCAUAGCCAGGAGGAGAUGAUGAUCCGAAUGAAGCAGAGAUUGGUGUCACAGGUUUUGGAGAUAGGGAUAAUAUUUCACUCUGUGAUUAUAGGAGUGACGAUGGGGAUGUCUCAGAAUCAAUGCACCAUACGACCAUUGGUGGCUGCGCUUGCGUUUCAUCAGAUUUUCGAGGGCAUGGGCCUCGGUGGCUGCAUUGCUCAGGCAGGGUUCACCUUUGGAACAACGGCCUACAUGUGCUUCAUGUUUGCAGUGACUACUCCAAUGGGGAUUGUUCUGGGGAUGAUCUUAUUCUCGUUGACAGGUUACGACGACAGUAGCCCUAACGCCUUGAUCAUGGAGGGAUUGUUGGGGUCUUUCUCCUCGGGUAUUCUCAUUUACAUGGCUCUUGUCGAUCUUAUAUCUCUUGAUUUCUUCCACAACAAGAUGAUGACCUCUAAUUCAUGGUUGAGGAAAACUUCAUUCAUCGCCCUUGUUCUUGGCUCUAUCUCCAUGUCCAUCCUUGCCCUUUGGGCCUAGAACAUGAUUUCAUUGUUUUUCUAAUAAACUUCAGUGGAGCAUUGUUGCCCGGCAAUGUAGUGAAAUGUGCAAAUGUGAUGAAAUGUAUAUUCCGAAAUAGUAAAUAGGUACUAGCGAGCACAUUGUUGACAUUGCAGACUCUGUUGGAUCCUUCUGUGACCAAAAUUGUGCUGAUCGAUAGCAUCUCAAAAAUUCGUGUUUAGGAUCAGAGCUGUGAUUAAUUCGCACACAUUAGAACCAUGAUUCCUAGACAUGUGAUAAAUGGCGAGUAAAUAUAGUUCAAAGAGCAUCAUUGUAAACUUUGCUUUCCUAUCUAAUGAAUCUUUCUUGCUGAUUCUGGGGGAA